UCUCUGUGCUCUUCUUCCCUUCCAGAUAUUACACGUGAAUGAAAACCCGUAUUAUCGGUCAUUUAAUUUCUGUGGAAUGAUUACUUUGAGUGUGAAGAAAGAGGACUUCACCUGUUGACAUUUGGCCAUUGUACUCCCCUCACUUCUGUUGUGAAGAUGGCUGGCCCAGAGCUACUUUUGGACUCGAGCAUUCGGUUCUGGGUGGUACUUCCAAUUGUCUUUAUCACUUUUUUUGUCGGUGUAAUUCGUCAUUACAUCACACAGCUUCUGCACAGUGAUAAAAAAGUGGAACUAGAGCAAGUAUCUGACAGCCAGGUGCUGAUCCGUAGUCGCACGUUGAGAGAAAAUGGAAAGUACAUUCCUCGACAGUCUUUCAUCAUGCGAAAACAUUACUUCAAUGACAGUGACACUGGCUUUUUCAAGAAAACCAAAAGGAAAGUUAUCCCUAAGAAUCCUAUGACUGAUCCAAGUAUGCUGACAGAAAUGAUGAAGGGAAACUUAACCAAUGUUCUUCCCAUGAUCUUGAUUGGUGGCUGGAUUAACUGGGCUUUUUCAGGAUUUGUAACAACCAAGGUUCCAUUUCCUUUGACACUACGAUUUAAACCGAUGCUUCAACGUGGGAUUGAGCUGCCAACUCUGGAUGCAUCCUGGGUGAGCUCUGCUUCCUGGUAUUUCCUUAACGUGUUUGGGCUUCGCAGCAUGUACAGUCUGAUAUUGGGACAAGAUAAUGCUGCUGACCAGAGUCGGAUUAUGCAGGAGCAGAUGACUGGUGCUGCCAUGGCUAUGCCACCUGACCCCAAUAAGGCCUUUAAGGCAGAAUGGGAGGCACUACAGAUUGUUGACCACCAGUGGGCACUGGAGAAUGUGGAGGAAGAACUGAUGUCAAAGGACCUUAAUUUUGAUGGAUUCUUCAGCGCAGAACUGUCUUCUUCAUCUAUAUUUUAGUUACCACCAGCUAGUCUCUGUCAUGACAAAAAAAAUUCUUCAGCAUGCUGUUAUGUGUAAGUGGCUGAGAAAAUGAAGCUCAUGGAAGUUUUUCCUUGGUGGCCAUAAUUUAUGCAACGGGAUGAAAAACUUAGUUUUUGGAACAUAUCGUAUUUUCCCUGGACAAAUGUAUGGGAAACGCACGGCAGAUGUCUGCAAGCGAAAAGAUCUGCAGCUAGAGCAACAGUAUAAUUUUCACAAGUAGGCCACAACAGUGCACUUUAAUGUAGCAAAAGAAUACUGUGUGCCUUCUUUCAAAAUAUUAGUAUGUGAUCCUAAAUUAUACUGGCUUCCCAUUACUUUAUCAACAAACAUUGUAAGGGUAAUUUCAUUUCUGUGUAAAAAAAAUGAACUUAUCUAAUUACAGUAGCUUUUAAACUGGAGAGAUGUACAUUUGAAAAAUACAAUGCAGAGAAUGUCGGUGUGAGCUGAUGCUGGAUUUCUUUUUGAAUAUUUUAUUGUGCUGAUGUAAUGUUGACUGACUUGUCUAGUACAUGCAGCUGUUCACCCUCUUUGCAUGGCUCUCUCAGAAGGCUGGCUUUUUAUACCUGAGAGUAGGCUACUUUUGCAGUGACACUAACAUGGUAUAUCUGUAGCCUUGCACAUUCAUGGUCCAACAGAUUUUGAAAUUAUGCUGCAGUGUAUGAAGCUCAUAUUUCAUCAUUCUAAAUGUCUCUGAAUAGGUUGCAGACACCGUACUGAAAGCAUAAUUCAUUGAAUUCCAUCCCUCCUUGUAUAAAACAUUGAAGGCAGACUCGCCAAAAAUGAAGACAAAUCUUCUUUUCACUCUUUUUUGCACCCCUUUUAACUUAAACAUGCCAACUACUAGGAAAAAUGAAAACACUUUACCCCUAGCGUUGUCUGAUCUUGCUGGUGUCAGCACUCCACUACAGCAUUUCCUUUCAAAAUACAUGUGAUUUGAAUAGCAUGUAUGUGACAACAGAGCCCUUGUAUACAGCAGGAUGUAAUGUGUGCAUUGCUAACAGCUUUCCCAUAGCCUGUCAUAACUUUUUGUUUCUUUGAAGUGAGCACUGUUUAAAAUUUUGUGGCCAUUUCUAUUAGCAGGUAUGCUAUAUAACAUCAGGCCACGAGUCCACCAAUUCAUUUCCUGUUUUGGAAGUGACAGCCAUGUAUGUCUCGUUAAAUUGGACAUCGUUUCUUAGAUUUAGUCUUUAGUAAUCACUGCUAAUUAUCCAAAGAAAGCUCUUUUCAAGCCCCCAACUAUUAAAACCACAGAUGUGUGAGUGGUCACAAAUAUUUGAUAAUGACUAAAACACCAGGCUUCGUUAUGGAGGGUUAUGCCAAACAUAGCCCAGGGCAUAGUAAGGGAAACUGUUCAAAUGCUACAGGAUCAUCUCCUUUGCCCACACCUUGUGUGAGCAACAACCCUUUUGCAGCAUACUUGAUGUAUAGAACAGGAGCAAUGCUUUUGGAGGUGUCUUCUUGAUGCAAUUCUUGCUGUAGAUUUCAAAUGAAUUUACCACAGCAUAUUUUAAACGGUUGCUGCUGCUUUAGGACUGUGAGGCAAAGCCGUAAUUGAGAUGUAUAAUGAAGCAAUCUGGGUGUGUUUUCUAACCAAGCUUUCUGAUAAUCAUGGUAUUCAGAAACAGGAAGCCACUGAAAUAAGAAUGUUUAUCAUACCGAUUACUCCUGCAGUAAUCUUCACUAUAAGGAUAUGACAGCUAUCCAGCUUCCAAAAUUUCAAGGGCAUCUUCCACACACCCAAACAAAUGGUUAGCUCGAGCUGAGCUUGAUGAAAGUGGGGUAGGGCACAAAGCACGUCAGAGCUUUCCUGACACCGAAGAGUGCUUGUCUUGCAAGCUUUUAAGGAUCAAGGGUCAGCUGCUGCUUUCCAUUGCUGAGUAGAUAUGUUCCCUUUGGGAGAAAACUUUCUAUGUUUUAGUUUUAUGACCGAAAAUAAACUUUUUCUCUUAAAUUA